AAUUAAAGGACUCCUUCAGCUCUCAAUCCCUCUUUCCUUUCAGUUCCAAGUGUCCUUGGGUCGCCAGAGCAUCCCUCCUCCUGAUGCUGCACACCUCUGAUUGGCCACCCUCAGCAGAGGUCAGAGGAGCCAUGAGGAACCACACCGCUGUCACCGAGUUUGUCCUGCUGGGACUCUCAGAUGCCUGUGAGUUGCAGAUGCUCAUCUUCCUGGGGCUGCUCCUGACCUACCUCCUCACUCUGCUGGGGAAUCUCCUCAUCGUGGGCAUCACCCUCGUGGACAGGCGCCUCCACACCCCCAUGUACUACUUCCUCCGCAACUUUGCUGUCCUGGAGAUCUGGUUCACCUCGGUCAUCUUCCCCAAGAUGCUGACCAACAUCCUGACUGGAUACAAGACCAUCUCUCUCCCAGGCUGUUUCCUACAAAGUUUCCUCUAUUUCUCCCUGGGCACCACAGAGUUCUUCCUGCUGGCAGUGAUGUCCUUUGACAGGUAUGUGGCCAUAUGUAACCCCUUACGUUAUGCAACCAUCAUGAGCAAAAGGGUCUGUGUGAAGUCAGUUCUUUGUUCAUGGAUGGCAGGAUUCCUUCUCAUUGUCUUUCCAAGUUCCAUCACUUUUCAGCAGCCAUUUUGUGGCCCCAAUGUCAUUAACCAUUUCUUUUGUGACAACUUUCCACUCCUGGAACUCAUAUGUGCAGACACGAGUCUGAUAGAACUUCUGGGUUUUAUUGCGGCCAACCUCAGCUUGCUGGGCACUCUGUCCGUGACGGCCACCUGCUACGGCCACAUCCUCCACACCAUCCUGCGCAUCCCCUCGGCCAAGGAGAGGCAGAAAGCCUUCUCAACCUGCUCCUCCCACAUCAUUGUUGUGUCUCUCUUCUAUGGCAGCUGCAUCUUCAUGUACAUCCGGUCAGGCAAGGGAAAUGAGGGGGAGGACAGGAACAAGGUGGUGGCCUUGCUCAACACCGUGGUGACCCCGAUGCUCAAUCCCUUCAUCUACACCUUGCGGAACAAGCAGGUGAAGCAGGUGUUUAAGGAGCAGGUAAACAAGCUCUUCUUAUAAACCUGUGGAAUUAAGAGGCUGAAACUAAUAUUCCCAGGAAGGCUAACACGAUUCAGGCCCCUGCCAGAAAUGGAGACUUUCCCACUUAGAAAAUUCUCUGCCGCCAUGUUUCUGGGGUGCCAGUCACUAUGCAACUCAGCAUAAACUCAUAAGCUCUCUAGACCCCCAAAGCAUUUUUAUUAAUUAUCAGAUUUGAAUUAUUCUCUUCAUUCCAUCUGUGUCUGCCUGGCUUCCCAACAGAAUAUAAAGAGCUCUUUGGGAGCAGGUCCCAGCUCUGUAAUUCACCACAAGCCUCAAGCACCAACCCAUUGUCAUUGACCAUAUAAAUACUCAAAAAGUACUUGCACCCUAACUGGUUCUUUGGGGUCUGUUGCUCCAACACCCUCAGAAGAGAGGGUGCUAACAGUUCUCUGUUAGCACUGCCCUCAUUUCACACUUGUGCUCCUCUCACAGUAAUACAUCAGCAAGAACUCAACAGAGGACUAAGCCCAAUUGCUUAUUAUUUUGUACACAAACUUCUUAUGCUUCUUUUUAUUAAAAUUGAUAGAAAUUCCUCAUUCCUAUUGAUAACAGCUCUUCUACCUACUGGUUGGUUACUUCUCUGAGCCUCAGUCUUCCUGUCUCUUGUGCAUUGCUGGUGGGAACGGAAAAUGGUGCAGCCACUGUGGAAACUCUAGGGCACUUUCUCAAAAAUAAACAUAGAUUUACUAUACAAUCCAGCCUGGGUAUAUACCUAAAAGGACCAAAAGCAGGGACUCAAAGAGAUAUUUGUACAUUCACGUUUAUAGCAGCAUUAUUCACACUAACCACAAAUAUGGGGACAACUCAAAUGUCUGCUGAUGAAUAAAAGGAUCAACAAAAUGUGCUAUAAACAUACAAUGGGGUAUUAUUCUGCCUUGCACAGGAAGGAAAUUGUGACACAUGCUGCAAAAUGGAUGAAUCUUGAAGACAUUCUGCUAAGUGAAAGAAGCCAGACACAAAAGUACAAAUAUCGGAUGAUGCCAUUUAUGUGAGGUAUCUAGAGUAGUCAGAAUCAUGGAGACAGAAAGUAGACUGGUGGGAACCAGGGGCUAGAGGUGGGGGUGGGAAUGACGUAUUGUUUAAUGGAUGCAGAGUUUUGGUUUCAGAUGAUGAAAAGGGUCUGGAGAGGGGUAGUGCUGAUGAUUGCACAGCACUGUGAAUGCCGCUGAGCCAUACACUUUAAAAUGGUCAAAAUGGUCAGUUUUAUGUUCCAUGUAUUCUACCACAGUAAGAAAACUAGAGAUUCCAGAUCGAGCAAAACUAUUUUAUCUUUGACUCUCCCUCUUUCUCUUAUAUCAGACAGCCAAUUCAUUGGCAAAUUCUGUAGAUUAUGCCUUCAAAAUAUACACAGCACCCCACC